AUACGCUCGCCUGCCGUCUCCCUGUUCGUUCUUUUUCUCUUCCUUUAUUUUAUCCUUGCAUCCUUACUAUCUCCGACCUGCAACCCAUCAUGAAUCAGAACAGACCCCCAUAUCCUCCCCAACAGGGCCCGCCUCAGGGCUACCCCCAACCCCCACCUAUGACGCAUCCGAAUCAACCCGGAUAUCCUCAACAUCAACAACAACAAUUUAUGCAGCCUCCGUCUCCUUAUGGCCAGCCUCCUUAUCCUCAAGGCCCCCCACCCCCGGGACAAGGUUUUUACCAAGGUCCUCCCCAAGGACCUCCCCAAGGCUAUCACCACCAUGCACCACCCCCACAGGCUUACCAACAAGGCCCUCCUCCACCUGGAGGCCCCUAUGGCGCACCAUCUCCAUACCCACCUCAAGCGCAAUUCCAGGGCCCGCCCCCCUCUUUACCAUCUCCGGGCUAUGUCCCCGGGCAACAAGCCAUCGGUGACUUUCGUGCGCAAGCCGACCAGCUCCGCCGCGCGAUGAAAGGAUUCGGAACCGACCAAAAGGCCCUGAUUCAGGUCCUCGCCAAGCUCGACCCCCUGCAGAUGUCCGCCGUACGAUCCACCUACACGCAGCACAUCCAGCGGGACCUCUACAAGGACAUCAAAUCCGAAACGAGCGGCUACUUCCGACAGGGCCUCCUUGCGCUCAUCGACGGCCCACUCCGCCACGACGUGACCUGCGCGCGGGACUCCAUCGAGGGAGUCGGGACGAAGGAAUGGCUCCUCAACGACGUCGUUCUCUCGCGCUCCAACGCCGACCUCACCUCCAUCAAAUCCGUAUACGAACGGACCCACCAACACACGCUCCAAAAAGACGUUGAGGGCGACCUCUCCUUCAAGACCCUGGGCCUCUUCUCCAUGGUUCUUCGCGCAACCCGUCAUGAAGAAUCUGCCCCCCUCGACCCCACCAUCAUCGAGGCGGAGGCCAAAUCCCUCCACGGCGCCACUGCCGCCCGCGUCGUCAACAACGUCGAAGAAGUCUGCGGCAUCUUUGCCCGCGCCUCCGACAACGAGCUGCGCGCUAUCAACCACGCUUUCUCCACCCGGUAUAAUAUCCAGCUGGAUAAGCACAUUGAGAAGGAGUUCUCGGGCCAUAUGAAAGACGCGCUGCUGCAUAUGCUCCGGACGGCGCUAGAUCCAGCCAUGCAUGAUGCCGAGCAGCUCGAGGAUUGCAUGAAGGGUAUGGGCACGAAGGAUGAGAGAUUGGUCAUCAGGGUGGUCCGCGUGCACUGGAAUCCUCAACACUUGGAUCAGGUCAAGCGCGCGUACCGUGUCCGGUACGGGAAGGAUCUGAUUGACAGGGUGAGGGGCGAGACGAGUGGUGAUUACCAGCGGUUGAUGGUUGCGUUAUUGGCGUAAUUCUCAACGUCCCUCUCUGGCUCUUCUUCUCCCGUUCGACCAUUUUCUCCCCCACCCUUCUUACCCUCUCGCUUCUAAUAACCCAACCCCAUCCUCUAAUUCUCACACCCUCCUUCCUUCCUUCCUUCCUUACAACAUGACGACACACGAUACAAUCAAUGACAGACAACGGCCGGGUAUCGAAACUGUACAACUUAUUUGCUUUCUGGGUUCGGGUUACGGAUAGGUAGUAGCUUAGAUUAGCUGGCGGUAUUGUGCUUUUGUUUCUCUUUCUUUCUUCUUAUUGUUCUUCUUCUUCUUCUACUACUACUACUACUAUUCUGACUAUUCUCCUCCCCUGUACCUCCAGUGUCCAACUUUAAUGCACGUUUUCAC